AAUGUCCAUAAUAAGGCAAACGGACGUAGAGUACAAUCCACCUGCAUACAAUAGCUUGGUAGUUUAGUACGAUACACAGCAUCCGACGCGCGGCUACCUCGUGAAACGUUUUUCAAGUAAAAAUAUUCGUCGCGGAAUAUGUAAUGACAUAAGUGCGAAGUGGGUGUUCGUUCGAUAGUGCUAACUUUUUCCCUCAGUCAAUUCUAGUCAAUGACUUAGGACGCACGAUUUUCCGUCUUGUGAUUCGACAUAACUUAUUUCAUGAGUAUUACUAAAUUAACGAUUGAUGCUCUGAGUGGACAUUAGAGACAGUGUUUAAAAAUAAAUAUAGAAGUGAUGUGCGACUAUUUAUAUUUUAAAAACAUAUUAAGAAAUAUACGUUUAUGAGUUAUAUAAGUGUUGGUGUAAUUUUAUUCACGAUAUUCUCUUAAUUUAUGUACUUUUUUUAUGGUGACCGUCUUCGCAUUAAGUGACCAUGGCGCCAUCAAGCGGCGGCCGCGAGUACUCCUACGUUUUCUCUCUGAUACGUCAGAAACUGUAGACAGCGACUCCGUUAGUUAUAACUACUCGGCAGAGCCGGGUGACACAAUAGCAACAACCAAAGAAGAGGAAUGGGUGACUCGCAAGAAGAGUGAAGUGACAACGACCAGACAGAUAGCGACUCGGGUGAAACGGGAGCUGGUGUUGGAAGAUGGGCGAAUUCUGAAGGAUUCCGGGCCAAAAGUGUCCACGUCGGUCAAUGAGGACACUCAUACCACUAAUUUCCAACAAACUGAACACCGAGUGCCCGACGAGGUCGGUAGUGAUGCGCCGGACCAAGUGGACGGACCCAUCGGCGCUCUCGAUGACGUGGUCGGCGAGCUGGCCCCGGCGGGAGUCAAGGUGCUGGUGUCGUCCAGCGUGGUGCCCAACCCCGACGGCAAGGUACGCGAGAGUCGCGACCUGAAGGUGCUCACAAAGAAUGUGGUGGAGCGAGUCAAGGAGACCGAGGAGAGGUUCCACCGCGGAGAUACUACUCAUGAGGCUCUCAUAUCAGCGGUGAAUGAGACCCCCGAGGAGGACAUCCGCGAUGCUCUGAAGCAGCAGACUGAGCAGCAGCUGGCUCUGGUCUCCCGAGGCCCCCAGCUCGUGCGGGACACCGUCGCCUACCACACCACCAUCGAUACUGACGACACGGAGGAGCUGAGAGCGUUGCGACCAGAUGGCACAAUCGUGACUGAAACAAAGCACACCAAGGAGCAGGAACGUCUGUACGACGACGAACUUUCCAAGGACGAGGCAAAAUCUCUGGCCAGUGACAAGAGCAUAGUAGACGAAACUGGCGGCACAGAGCGGCGCAAGCGCGUGGACGUUGAACGCAGUACGGACCUGAUGGCGGGUGGCGUGCGGGUCGCCACGCAUCUGCACUCAAGGACACGCACAGAAGAAGCCGAGAAAGAAGGCAAACCAAACAUGGAUGAUGAUUGGGAUAGCUUAUCUAUUCGCAUGCGACGACAGCGCCGCCUACGAUUGAACGAUCACGACAAAGAUUACGCCAAACGCCCUCUGGACUUCGAUGUAGAAGAAGAAACGCGCAAAAAAGAAACUUCGAAGUGGCUGGAGAGCCACUUUGGUAGCGAAUCAAGAUCCUCUCAUGAUUCAAUCGCCGAAGAAAUUGGACGACGUCCUGAACCAACUUUCUACAAGAACAAAAGCGCUGAAGACGAAGGUUACUACGGGAAGACUUCAUCUGUACCACAACCCCCAGUGUACGCUGAUCGGGCACUUCGAAAGACCAAAUCUUCAACACCUUCCGAUGAACGAACUGCUGCUCCAGUGAAUAGAACAGGCGGCUAUUUUAAAGGAGUUGCCGAUUGGUCCCAAAGACGUGCAAGUAAGCCCAGGAUGCCAGAGCCACGUAGCUCUUCCCCCUCGCCACCAACUGUUCGCUCGCCAUAUGCUAGUGACGAUCGACUAAAUGGCUCCUCUCCGAGACAUGUGUACGGGAAGCGUGAUUCGCCUCAGGGAAGGUCAUCGCCGAUCACACGUCGACCUCCUCCCUCGCGCGACGACUCCGCCUACGUAUCCUCAUCCACAAUGCACAGUCCACCACGUGGUUCGCCAUUCCGUCCUCUUGAAACAGAUCGUACAUUCCGGGAACCGUCAGUGGAAGAUGAUUACAGGCCUGUGGCACCAGAAAGAAAAAGACAUUCAAAACAGAGACUCUCUGAAGAGAAUAGAUAUGACAGUGGUUACAGAAGUUCAUCUAGGAAUGAAAAUUCAGGAAGGUCCAGAGACAGUCGAGAGGAAGGUGCUGUAGAGCCUCCACCUGAUUAUUCUCCCCCAAGGGACCGGAGAGGAAGUUCUGAUAGAGAUAGAACCCCGCCGCGGCGUCGGGACCGGGAUGAACGUAAACAGAAUCAGAAGACGCGUUUUGCGGAUAACAGUCGGCGCCCAUCUCCUAUUCGGAAAUCAGUGGGGUCAGCGAUAGGGAACUCAAUAAGGAAGUUAGUUGGGAAGAUUCGCUCGGCAUCAGCAGAGCGCCGCGCGCGGUGGCGAAACUCGCGGUCGCCGUCGCCUGCAGAGCACUCGUCGCGCACAUACAAGCAGUACGGCGGCGAGCUGGCGCCGCCGGUGGCCCCUACCCACCGCUACUACCUCGGGGAGGACCCUUUCGCGCCCAGCAUCUACGGCCGCGAGCACAAGUACGAGGGCAGUCCGCGACGCGCAGCUGCUUUGGACGCGCGUGACAGAGAACGAGGUCAGUUCUCAAGCACAUUGGGUCGAUUCAGUCACUCCACCAGUAGACUGAACCCGAACAGCGAGCCUGAAGAGGACUACACACGCAGCGCGCAAACUCUGCCGCGCAAGCUCCACGAUAGGAAAGAAAAAGUCGCUGAGAAACCAAGUUCCAACAAAUAUUGGCACCGGUUAACCCCCAACAAACGAUCCAGCAGUGCAAUCAACAUUUCUAAUAACGUAUCUACUUCGCCUGAAGGCAAAAUAAACGGAUACCCACCUGGUCCCGCUAAACCAGCGCGGACGUAUAAAGCGCUCAACAGAAGCAAGAGUUUUGCUAUGGGAGCCCCUGAGCAGGAGACUCACCCACGUUACGUCUCGAGCAUGAAUCGAAAUUACUCUACAAUGUACAAAUCAAACCCUCACUUGAGUCGGUUGGACGAAACACCAGAACAACUAAAGAGUCCGGGGAUCGUGUCUAUUAUAAACCGCAGUCAGCGCGAUCUGGCUGAUGCUGUUUCUCGAGAAACGGAGCGGAGGCGAGACGGUCUAUUCGGAGCUCGGUAUGGUAAAACUACACCGAUAAGCAACGGCCACUCAAACGGAUACGGAAAAUCGUACGACGAAACAGAUAAGAAGAAGAUAUUCCUUAAAGGUCUGCGAGAACGCGCUCCUGAUUUAUAUCAAACACUGCAUGCGGAUGAUGAGUCAGAUGGCAGUAGGUUAUCUUCACGGUACGGUACUCCGUCGCCUCAUUACAAAGAUCGUAUAUCAGAAGAAAGGAAAGUACCACUAUAUAAGACAGAAUCACUGAAUAGAGAGUCGAGUCCUUUUGUAUCUCGAUUGGAAACAAGGUUAAAAUCACCAUCCCUUAGACGAGGAAGCAACAGCAGCGACAAUUUUUCAGAGACAUAUAGAUACCAGACUCGUUCAGGUGAUCCCGAACGCCCAAGUGUUACUGACACAGUGGAAACUGUUAGUAAGAAAAUAGUCCCGACAAGAGAUGGCCGCGGAAAAGAAAUAAUUGAGUCUAGAGAAAUAAACUCUGUGACUAAGAGUAGAGGCUACAAGGAACCGGUCUCUAAUGUAAAGUAUAUUGAGAAUGGUAUACGCUCGCCUUUGGGAUAUGAAACUAAAAAUGGUUACACCGAGCGAAGGAGUAGUAAUUAUAAAGUGAUGGAAAAAAUUAGAGAUUAUUAGAGAGACUCGAAUUAUUACAGGAAAUAACGUCUUCCUUGCUUAUUCUAUGAAUUGGAAAAGAAGAGGUGUGAUGAGGACCUUAUUAUAAAAUAUAUGCCAUAUUUCGUAAACUUUAUAAAGCAGAGUCAAAUUUAGACUGAUUCUCUUAUUUUAUGUAUUAAACUUAUGAAUUAGUUAACUGUAAUAAAUAAUACAUACGUAUAUUGCAAUUAAAUAAAUGUUAUUCAUAAGACGCUUUAUAAUCAUGUAAAAAGUCAUAUUAUAGCCUUACUAAUUUAAUGCUAAUAGACACUGAUCUGAUUCCGUCCAAUCUAAUAAAUAAUUUAAGUACUUACUAAGUAGUUGAAGCAUACCUACUUAUUGACUUUUCAAAUUGUGAAUAGUUUUACGAAUCCGAAUACGACGUACUUACACGUAAGACAUUAAUUUUUGAGAACAUUUGUAAUAAAGCUAUAUCAAUAAAAUAAUGUGUUAAUUUCCACUAAA